AUGACUCCCGUCUCAAGUUCCAGUGAACUUACAACCAUCGAAUCCACGAAGACCGACGAACACGAAGACGAGGUGGUCUUCGAGCUAUCUCCCCUCUGUGCCUCGACCACGCCCAACUCCAAGUGGGCCCUCGUCACGGCUGAUAAUCGUUGCGUCAAUGUAGAUCCCGAGAGUCGGCUAUGCGUCUCGUCUAAAGCAACGCACACGGCAAAGCAGUUUGAAUUCGAGUUCAUCAAUAACUCGUUCGCCCUCCGCCACUCAAACUCCAACCAAUAUGUCACCGUCGACGCCUCUGGCCAACUAUCCCUGACAGCCAACAUCAACGACAUCGCAGGCAAGAUCGGCGUCCAGCUCGUCAACCGCACGUCGCUCAUUCUCCAAGGGGAAUUCGGGUUCGUCAAGCGGGAGACCGGGGGCAGGAACAACAAGGUCAAAUGCAACUCGGCCGAGUACGACGAAUUGAGUUUGACCUAUGAACCGGAAACGAAUACCUAUCGGAUUAAAGAUCCGGAUGGGAACCCGUGGUGCAUGGACUCCUUGAAGGAACAUGUGACCGCCCCCUCCAUGGGCCAGCCAACCUCUUUCAUCCUCGAGGUUCACGCAACACUCGGUAGAGCAAAGCUGGCUAUACGUCCCCUACAUCCAGACAACGACUAUUUCCUCAAAGGCUACAAGAAUGGCGCCCUCACUGCAACUGGUGAAACCCUGGCUAAGGAAACCUUGUGGACAUUUAUCUAAAUCAAAGUGCAGGGCUUACCCUUUUUAGAGAACGGGGGAAGCAUCAUUGCAUAAAUGGUCAAUUUAGAUCCGGAGAACUAAAUUCUCGAAAAAAUAUACUAAUGCAUUCCAAUGCAAAGUAGAAAUUUCACGGUUCAGCGGAUACGUCACCGGUCAAUGGAUCAUUAUGGUUGGCGGUUCAAGUCCGGCUGCGGCACUAACGUCUUUUGGCAAAACAAUAAUCUACGUUUGCCACUCUCCAUCCAGGUGUAGUGAAAGGGUUCCUGUCAGGAAUGUAUUUCUUGCGUGCUUUGAGCACAUGACAGCAGAUGCGCUAGAGUCAGUGCAGUAAUGAUACUCUGUAUGCGCCUUGAGCAUCCCCUUGGAUGGAUAUGUCAUCAUGUAUAAAACAUAAUGUAACUAUUGUUAUUACUAAUUUCCGUAGACGCAGGUUGGUCCAAAGCUGACUGAUUGAUCAUUUUAUGAUAAUAAUAUAUUUAUAUAUAUAUAUAUAGCGCAUUUUCCAUAAUGUUCAAAUGCGAUUUUAUAUUGUAAACAGGAGGUAUUUAGAGAUUAAUUGCUGGUUACGAAGAGAUAUGGGUAGGUUAUUCCACAAUUUGGGAGCAGAAGUUGUGCAAGCUCUGUCACAACGUGUGGGUAGCAUCUUGGGGAUCGAUGGAUGGUUCAGCGUGAUGCCUUAAAGGAGCGAACGAAGGGAGUAGCGGGAUAGUUUCCUGAUAGUUUGAGUUCAUAUUGGUAGGGAGGAGCAAGACCGUCGGUGUAUUUGAGGAUGAGAAGAAGUAUUUUAUAUUGAAUCUGGGACAUGAUGGGUAGUCAGUUCAAUUGACGAAGGAUAGGUUUCAUGGGACAGAACUUGUGGCAGUUCUGGCGGCAACAUUUUGAAUUCAGUGUAGUUGUUCAAUGUGGGUUGCAGUGGCACCAUAGAGUAGACCAUUGCAGUAAUCCAAGCGGCUGGUGAUGAAGGAAUAUAGGAGUGAGUAAUGACCUCUGGUCUAGAUACUUACGAAUUCGACGGAUAUUGUGUAGAUUGAAGAAGGCUGCCUUUCAUGACUGUCAUCAGGACAUGUCGAUCUAUGGUCAUGUUCGAAUCAAACAUGCAACCCGAAGUUCUUGACAUGAGAUGCAGGUAUAUAUCAGCAUUGCCGAUCCUGAUAAAGGGGAUGUUGAUCUUCUGACAGUUGAUGACGUGUGCCAAGGAUGAGGAACUCUGUCUUAUCAUCCUUGAUCAGCAAUCUAUUCUUUAUCAUCUAUUUUUUAUAUCAGCAAUUCAUUCAUUAUCACUGCAUUUGCAGUGGACCUCCAGUUUUACACUCGAUUCGAGGGACUAUAUGUCAUGCAUGGAGAGACCCAGGGCACUAUAGUGCAAUGGCAAGAAGGAAGAUGGAACACUAAUGAGUUAUUGUGCAAUAGCCAAAUUUUGGGAAAGAUGGUUCUUAUAUCUUCUUUAUUUGGGAUAUUUGAAAUCACGAAUCAGUAAAUACACACCAAAUAAUGCAUGAAGGUUAUAGGUAGCAUAUAAAAUAAAUUGUUUGUAUAUUUAUUUAUAAUAAUAAUAAUGAAGAUAAAGAUGAUGAAGAUAAUAAUAA